GAGAGAGAGAGAGAGAGAGAGAGAGAGAGAAAGGAGAGAGAGAGCAGGAAGGAAGGGGAGGACUUACCUGUUAAUGUAAAUCUGAAGUGAAAACAAUAUUUCCUUUUCAAACUCAUUUGUUCUUUCUCUCGCACUCCCUCUCUCUUUUUCUCUCCUUCCUCAUCUCCCUCCUUUCCACUGAACCAGGCUGACGAGAUCGGGUCACAUCCUUGAACUUGGAGUCAUGCACAGAUAUGACUGGGUGUUGAUGCAUCGUCUUAAAGCGUAUGUCUAAAGUUUUCCAAAGUCAAACAUCCCAAGUUAGGAGAGAGGAGAGAGGACCUGGCAUCAUAGAGUUGGAUCCACUUAUAGCUUCAGAAAGCAGGUGAACACCACAUAGCCGAGACUGACAAGACCUUCCGAGACAGAGAGGAAUCAACUGCCCAAUCAGGACGGGCGAGAGAAAGGACCGACCAGGAAGUACCAGAGGACAUGUGGAUUAUCGCCAGGAUGGGCUCGCAGUUCCAGACACACCCCAACCUCGGCCUGCUCUUCCUCCUCUUCCUCUGCCUCCCCCCUUCUAGUCAGACCGUACUGGCAUCCAACACCACCCUUAAUAACACUGACACAACAAACUCAACCAGUACGGCUCCUCCUACUACUAGCACCUCCUAUCCCCAGACCAACACGUCCUCAAACUCCACUUCCCAGGAGCCACUGGGGUGUGGAGCAGGGCUGGAGCCGAUGUACUGGUACCUGUGUGACAGGCGGGCGGCAUGGGGCAUCGUUGUGGAGAGUCUGGCCACGCUAGGCUUCGUGGUGAGCUCCUGCCUCCUGAUUGGCCUGCUGUUUUGGACCCUGUGGGUGUGCGUGUCGUCCCGGCGACGCCUCCGGGGCAUCGGGGGCGCCGUGGCGUCCAUGGCGCUGUUCCUCCUGUCCACCGCCGCCCUCUUCGCCCUCACCUUCGCCUUCGUCAUCCGCCUCACCCCGCAGACCUGCCCCACGCGCCUCUUCCUGUUCGGGGUGGCGUUCGCCCUGGCGUUCUCCUGCCUACUGGCGAGGGGCCUGGCGUCGCUGGGCUUCGGCCUGGCGAGGGGGAGGGGCGAGCCCUGCCUGGCCCUGUGCCUGUUCCUGGUCCAGGUGAUCGUGGCGACCGAGUGGCUGAUCAUCGUGCUGGUGAGGGACGGGCGGCCGUGCGAGUACAGCCAGGGGGAGUUUGUGAUGCUGCUCGUCUACGUGUUCUGUCUCCUCGCCGCCGCCCUGGUGGCGUCGCUGAGGAACCUGUGUCGCUCCUGCCUGACGUACAGCUACAGCUACACGGGCGGAGGCCAGAAGAGGGGCCAGAUCCAGGCCACCAUGCUCUGCCUCACCCUGGUGCUCUCCGUCGCCAUCUGGGUGGUGUGGGUGGCGCUGCUCACCCGCGGCAACCCCGAGAUGGGCCGCAGGCCAAGGUGGGAUGACCCGGUCUUGAGUGUCGCCCUGGUGGCCAACGGCUGGGUCCUGCUGCUGGGUCACGGGCUGGCCCAGAUAGCCUGCCUGUGCAGGGGGGCUGGGCACUCCAGGGAGGCCACCCCGGACUUCAGCGGGUGGGCCAGCCCGACGGUGGAGUUUCCCGGCCCGACGGUCCGGAAGGAGGGGAGGGACAACGGCAGCUUUGAGAAUGAUGGUGCCGACCGGAAAGCAGGGAGGAGACAGGAGCCGGUGCUGAAGUCUCCGUACGAGUCCGGCUUCUCCAUGACAGAGAUUGACCCGGACAAAGAUUACACCAUCCCUCGCCCACAGACCACGAUCACCAGCGAGCCCUACGACGAGUACUAUGGACACGCCCUUUCUGAUUAACAUCACACUGAUUCCCAUGUCAGCUCAGACACUUCAGAUACACGCACACAAACAAACACACACCCACUCACAGUUCAAGCCAACCUCACGCAUCACGUAGCUACCAACAAAAAAAGGACAUUUUGAAGCCCAGCUGCAGAUAAAUCGUUUUGUAAAAAUGUAAAUAUAAGAAGCUGUUUUGCAACUUGUUUUUUCCUGUAUGGGAUUUUAGCAGUGAGACGACAACACUGACAGGGCUAGAUUGAUUAAGAGGGGGCGUCGUUGCUCAGACAAGGUCUGGACAGGGAAGCACUUAGUGGAUGUGAGUGAUUGUGACAGGGGGGUUUGCGUGCAGCAUACUGCUGUGAGAGAAAAGAAGGGGGGGGGGGGGUAGUGUCAAAGAGAGUGAAAG